CCCAAAUCCAAAUCCAAGACCAAUACCCCUCACAAAAGCGCCAAACAACCAACCUAUCUCUCCCUCAUUUCAUACAUCACUCCUCCCAACACCCCCCCCGUUCAACCAAAAUGGCGCGCAUCCGCCUCGCCCCCCUCCCCUCCCUCACGCAAACCCGCUACGUGAUCCACCUCUCGAACGGAAAACGUCUCGUGCUAUUCCGUCUUCCCACCAUCGAGCCCCCGAAACCCAAUUCCAAUUCCAACACCAGCAGCAACAACAAACCCCGCAACGAAAGCAACGGAUGGUCGUACUACGCCAUGGAAGCAGAAUGUCCGCACGCGGGCGGACCGAUGCAAGAUUCCUCCAUCGAUAUUGAAGAUUCGGCAUAUAUUGUGUCUUGUCCGUGGCAUGCAUAUGAUUUUAAUGUGGAGACGGGGGAGUCGAGUGUCGGGAUCAAGGCGUGUACGUUUGCGGUGGAUGUUAGUGGGGAUGAGGAGGGGGUGGUGUGUGUGGAGUAUGUGGGUGGACAUGGGGGUAGGGAUGAGGGGGUGGAGGUGGUGAGGUUGGAGGCUGUUAGUGAGGAGUUGAAGUUGAAGAAUAAUAAGGGAUCUGGGUUGGGGUAUAAUAGGGGUGGGGAUGGGGUGAAGGAUGAGGAGGAGGAUACGCCGGUGCGGUAUUUGGACGACAACGCGACGGUGUGUGAAUGGUGUGCGCAUAUUCUCAACACGUCCAACCCAGAACACAAGAUCGAGUUGACAGCGCAUUUAUUCAAGAUAUUUACGGAGCGGGAAGGGACUGAAUCGCCCAUGGUUAUUGGGGAUAGAACUGGAGUCGCGUUGCCGGAUUUACCGCCACGGGAUGGCGUCAAGGAUGUGAAUCGCACGGCGGUGCCGAAGCCCGGGAGGGGAGGGACGCAGAAGAGUCGGAUUAAUAUGCUGCAUGCGCUGGCGAAUAUCGAGCAAUGGGCGAUUGAUCUGGCGGUUGAUAUCUGUGUGCGGUUUGCGGGGUUUCAGACGAAUUCGGCGGUGGAUGCGCGAGGUCUUCCGCGGGCGUUUUUCCAUGACUGGUUGAAGGUGGCGAAUGAUGAGGCGAAGCAUUUCUCGCUUCUGCGGACGAGAUUGGAGGAGUUGGGGUCGUAUUUCGGGGCUCUCCCGGUUCAUCAUGGGUUGUGGGACUCGGCCAAGGUGACGGCGCAUGAUCUGCGCGCGAGGAUUAGUAUCAUUGCGUUGGUGCAUGAGGCGCGCGGGUUGGAUGUCAAUCCGGUGACGAUUGAUAAGUUCCGGAAGGCUGGGGAUGGGGAGAGUGUGGAUACGUUGGAGAUUAUUCAUAAUGAUGAGAUUACCCAUGUCACGACGGGACAUCGGUGGUUGACGUGGAUUUGUGGGCAGGAGGAGACGGAUCCGGUCCAGGUGUUUCGGGGCAAUGUUCAGAAGUAUUUUAGGGGUCCGUUGAGAGAGCCCUUCAAUACCGAGGCGAGAUUGCAAGCUGGCUUGGAUAAGAGGUAUUAUGAGAAUCUGGCCGGAUAUGAUGGUGUUCAGCCUGUCUGAGUGGAGUGAUGUGCUGCUGCUUCGGUUUGAGCGGCAGUUCAAUCGUUUUAUGAUCUGGGUGGUCGGUACUAUACCGGAUGGCUGCUGGUGGACAGGUCUCACUGACGCCUUGCUAGGGUGCAUGACUGCAGGAGCAUAAGCAUCGGGAUAUUUAUCCGCCUGUCGGUCGGGGUCCACCGCUGCAGUCUCGGGCAUCGGGUUCGGGAUGGAUGCAGGUACGCCUCCUGAGUACUCCCUCAGUCCGUAUAAUAGUAGGCAGCUGCGUUG